GACUGCAGAGGCCAUAGAUAAAAGUGACCGGCAGGGAGGAGAGCAGCAGCAGUGGGAUGGAACCCUACUUAAAGAAGUUUAAAUUGGAACUAUCUAUGACAAAGGAGCGUGAAGCUGUGAGAAAGCGAUACAGGGAUGAGCUGAGGGAAAAGAUGAUGGAUGCUCCAUUCAAACCCGAAAAAUUUGGUGACCCUGACAGCCUUAAGGAAAUUUCAGAUUCACUUUUGAGACACGGUGUUGUCUCAAUUGCUUUGUUCAAUGACAAGGUGAUGGUAUAUGCAUGCUCCAGAACAGCUGUACGCCACCGGCAUGGUAAUAUACAAGAUCACCAUAAUAUAUUUGUGACUUCGGCGCGUUUGGCCCGCAAAUUUGAGGAUAACAGAACCAGAGAUGAUAAUUUGAGGAUUGAAGUGUAUACUUCUGAUACUAAAAUUCUACAUGGGUUCUUGGGACUAUAUGAUGACAAUAUUGCCAUGGUCACGUCUUUUAGCCUCAAUAUUGUCUACACUAUGGAUACAUGUAAACCUAUGCGCCUGCCCCGAGGCACAUUAAAUAAUAAGGUAUUUGCAUUUGGCUGUGCCAAUGAUGACACUUUGAUGGGUGCCAAAUGUUCUCAUCCUGUUUUCAAGGAUAAAGGCCUUGUGUCGGUCAAUUGUAAGAUAACAGAGAGUGGACUUGGAGGGCCAGUUAUGUAUUUUGCUCCUGGUGGAUCUGGGCACAUUGCUGGGCUUAUCAUUGGAAGUUGUGAAGGCAGGAUCACCUUGCUACCAACGAAGGAACUUCAUGAAUGGUUGAAGCGUCUUCUUCUGAUAACCAGUAAGACUUCCCACUUUCGUGGAUAUUCUUUGCCUGAAGGUGUAAAAACAGUCAUCCCUUCAGGAUUUAUGGUACAAUCUAAGAUUCUUCAAUCCUUGGGCUAUCCCCUGCCACCGCCACUCGUGUUUGAGCUCAAUGGGAGAUUGGCUGGUAGGUAUGAAGAGCAUUUUGGUCAACUUCAUUAUUGGGAAGGGUAUCCUUGGGAUUUCUCUUAUGAUUAUGGGCCAAAGCCUAUCUGAGAGCAACUUGGGAAAGAACUCGCUCAGAAAAUAUCCGAAAGUGUUGUCUCAAUUGCUUCAUUCAAGGGUAACACCAGGUGUUUUGCUUGCACAGGCCUGCUUAUAACAGGUAGAAGCUACCCGCUCGUCCUUACUUCGGCCAGUUUUCUCAGGACUGGUGAUGUUGAAGGCGAGAUUGAUGAGAAGUUGAGGAUUGAGGUGUUCCUCCCGCCCAAAUAUUCUGUGGAUGGGAUACUGCAACUGUAUGAUGACAUUUACAACAUUGCCGUUUUCCGUCUAAAACAUGAUUUCACUACUGCUAUUUCUCCACAAGAUAUCUUCAGUGUCAAGGGGUCUAGCAAUAAUAAGUCGGUAGUAGCUAUAGGGCGUGGGACUAGAAGAUCUCAUGGAUUAUUGAUGGCCUCAAUGGGUGAAGUGAAGGGUAAAUACAAGGCUGUUACUAAGCGUAAAAACAAGCCUUCUAUUGGUCUGGCAAAAAAGCUUGAUUGCAAAGACCUUCUUUGGUCCACAUGUCAAAUCAAGAAGGUUGGGAUUGGAGGCCCCCUUAUUGGUUUGGAUGGUAGUUUCAUUGGCAUGAACUUUUAUGAUGAAAGUGGAGUUUUACUGGAUGGGAUUAAUCUGUUAGACAGGUAUUUUUUUCUCCC